GACUUUGGGCUCGUCCUUGAAAUUUCUUUUCAUUCUCUCAAUUGAUUUGAAUCCAUCUCAUAUAUGUUUUCGUGCAGAACAUAAUUAUUUCACGAACUUCGGAACAGAUCUUGUCUUUAUACAUCAUAACCAUGGCAGAAAUUGGGGUCAUUGCCAGUGGCAUGGGCGUAGCCUCGUUAGGGCUCCAGCUGAUGGACGGCAUUAGAAAAUUGAAACAAUUCUGGGAUGAGGUCAAAGAAGCGCCUGAAGAUAUCCAAUAUACCCUCGAAGAACUCGAGACGUUGAGUUUGAUUCUUUCCGAUAUUCAAACAUCUGAUUCAAAUAUGCCGUCGAUUCCUUCAGCUACGGCCACAAGGUGCUUAGAGCUUUGUCGUCGUGGAACAGAUAUCCUCAAUACGACGGUGAAGGAUCUGAACGGGGCUAUCUCCAAACGACGCAAGAUUGGUAGCGCGAAAGUGGUUUUGAAAAAAGAUACGCUCGAGAAAUUUCGGAAUCGGUUAAGAGAUGCGCAAUACAUGCUCAUGCUUUCUCGGCAGACAUACUCGGACGCACUCCAGAUGGAAUAUCAUAAGCUUCAGAUAGAAGCAGUUCAAAGUAAUGCGAAUCGCCAGCUGCAAGAAUUCGAGGAGCUGAAAGUUUCCAUUACACGUUCUGCCGAUGUCAUGUCUAGGACCAUGCUUAGAUCACGCGAUACCGUGGUCUAUGAUUUUCAAAAGAAGAGACCUACGAGAAAUAGGACACGAAAUAAGCUUGAUAAGGAGGCUAAAUACUUUCAUAGGAAGUUCAGAAUUCCUCAGUGGUUUUCAUCCCCGAACUAUACUUGGGACUUCUCUGGGUAUCAAGCACCUUCAGGGUGGACAUUCAACUUCCGACAAUAUUAUACAGUCGAUAGACAAUCGUCGACUUGGGAAUGUGUACGUAAAGGGGAUCUAUCUGGACUCCAAGUACUAUUGCAGAACAAAAAGGCAACCCCCUUUGAUAGAUUAUUCAGCGGCGAGACAUUACUUGAUCUAGCUAGCUCGACGGGAGAUAUUGAUAUGUGCCGUCUUCUACUUAAUCAAGGAGCAGAUCCGAAUGACUCUUUCGCGACGUCUGCGUUGUCGUAUAGUAUCAACCAUUUCAUGGUAGAGUGGAAUCCAUUUUCCUCCAUGAUCAAUGUGCUGCAACUAUUGUAUCCAAUCACUGAAAUUCAUAAUCCAUUAGAAGAUAUACGGGUACUUUAUGAAUAUGACGGUCUAGCUUGGCUGCUUCGUCAUAUUGACCCGACAUUCAAAGAAUGGAGCUUCGAGGAGAGGAUGAUGUUCGCACUGAAAAUUUGUUACAGAACCGUUAGAGUGCUUGAUAGCACAGCUGAAAUUGUAUCACUAAUGCUUCACAAAGACCAGCUGAGCGAGGCUUGCAGAAUGACUAUCCGACGUCAUCCGAUGGGGAUUGAUUGUAAUUUUUUACUUAUUGAGCUUCAUUGUAUCAGUCGUAACAUAAUGGACUGGUUGGAAGAAAAUGAAGAGUCGUAUAUGUAUUCCGACUCAACUCAGCCAAGAGCUGGGAGACCAGGAUUUGGAACGAGUGAUCGAUUUUCAAAGACUGAAUUCGCUACAUCAAUCCAAUGGUUAAAGCGCCUCGUUACCGCGGGGUCAGAAAUUUACCGAGCGUGGUUUUUGUAUCCUUUGUUGGUUAGCAGUCGUUGGCUUGCCGCCCCUGAGUCACCCCUAUUAGAGAUACGUGCAGUUUCUGUGCGCCUUUGGCUUGAGAUACUAUACAACUCCGGUAUUGAUUUACUGAAAUACGGCAAAUUAGAGCAUGAUAAUUUCAUAAAGAGUGACAGUGAAUGGCAUUCGUUGCCCCCUGAAAAAAAUUGUGUUGGUAGGAAAGGUGAGACGUCUUGGGAGUGGGUACAUCUCAUAAGCUUUGUCUAUGGACCAGCUAUUGACGAUUGGAAAUUAUAUUAUUCUUGCAGCGAACCGUGUCGGGACUAUUACGAAAGCUUCCGGCAUUUCUGGGAAAUAGUUGAUCAUCCAGAGAGGGGGAUGCCUGGGGCUUGGGUGGAGUAUUAAUCACGUUUUAAAUGCUCUGUUGGAACGACACUUCAAUGCAGAUGAUAUGGAGAAGGUGGUUGGUGAACGAGAUUAAAGUCUACGUCUUGUGCUGUAGAUGGAGUGUGGCAACAAUUUCUCCUGUUAAGACUAUUCAAGAUUCAAAGUGGAUUAAUAUCUAUCGACUACUAAGUGCGCCACUCGCUAAUUUGAUAUAUCAUCAUCAAUCCAUCACCAUCUACUGCAUUCUUCUGGCUGAUCACCUUGUAUCUUUUAUGCUACAAUCAUGACCUUAAGCUUGAGUCAGAUACUGAGAUAGACGGAAGAUUACAAUCAGCGCAGCCCUACUGAGCAAUGCAUUUGACCCUGGGAAGA